GAGAUGCCAUUCCGCCUUAAAGAAGCAAACAUUCCUUCGUUCCGAGUACUGUGGUUACAUCUUUUAGCGUCCGCUGAUUUUGCAAGUGAUAACGCAGAGUAAGGAGGUUGUGCAAAUUGUUUGAUAGAUUUAUAUUGAUCAAAAACGGAUUCAAAUACCGAAGAAAUGAAACCAACAUUGGCUGCCGAUGAAAUGUUUCCCGAAGGCGGCGGGUACAUGGAUAUGGAAGAGUCCGGUGGAUCUUCUGCCAUACUCAUGGAUUUGGCCAGCAAUGAAAAACAUGUUCAUGCCGAUUUCUAUAAUGAUUUUGAUGACCUAUUCGAUGACGAGGAUGAUGACUUGUUCAGUCUUGAUGUGAACGCAUAAACAAUUAAUAUUUAUUCUAAAUACAAAACAAAAAAAUAAAACACAAUUCAUACAUUUUUCCAUUCAUAUUA